AAAUAUCUUGAACAAAGCAUCUAACAUGGAUAUAAGUAACUCAACAGAGAUAUCAAGCUAUCUCGGAUUCUAUCUGUUAAUGCGUUCUGUGACUGGCUUGGUUUUAUAUCCAAUCUUUUGUUUAGUUGGUAUUCCAGCCAACAUUAUUGGUAUGAUUGUUUUGUCAAGGAAAAAGAUGAGAUCAACUGCAAAUACUUUCUUAUUGAUAUUGCUUGGUUCAAAUCUAUUGCAUGUCUUAAAUGACAUGCUGUACUUUAUCUGCAUUAUGCUAGGACGAACAGUUAGCUCGACAGUAAGUGAGAGGGCAUACAAGUCUUUGGCUCCUUAUGCGCACUAUCUUUUCAACUCUACUAUGACGUGUACAGCUUGGAUAACAGUUACUAUCGCAACAGAACGAUUUAUUUGUGUUCGGUAUGCACAAAAAGCCAGGAGAAUCGUCACGCAUACACGAGCUGUUAUCAUAUCAGUGUUCAUUGUUAUCACCACUUUGACAUUAUCUGUUCCCUUGGAAUUAAGAGAGGAAUUUAGAGCUAACCAAACAACAGAGCAAAGUGACACGCUUAUUACAUUCAGCAAAGCUUAUAACUUGUGUUACUACAUCUUACGUGCACUUAUUCCAAUAGUCAUAAUUACAGUACUGAGCAUUUUAAUUUUGCUUCGUCUCCAGAAAACUCGAUUAAGGAAAGCAAAGAAGAAAGCAACCAAAACUUUAUUACUAACUAUUAUAUCAUUUGUAGUAUGUAUUCUUCCAGAUGCUAUUUUAUCAUCAUAUGGUAGACUAUUUUAUCAUGAACCCGAUUAUCUAUUGCUUGGAAUUGCUGAAAUAACAGAUUUUCUACUUCUGUUUAAUAGUACAACAAACAUUAUUUUAUACGGGUGUUCUUGUCAACAAUUUAUGCAACAAUUGAAAAGUAUAUUUCACUGCGCUCAACGUAGACGAAGGAGACUUCGUGUGUAA